CCGAUAGCAACUGUGGCUUUUAGAAGAUGUCUGAGGUGGCUCCAGUUCUCCCCGAAGGAGGCCCCUAACAGCAGUCAGUCUGUCAGUGUGGAGCACAACUACUGUUUGAGGGAACUGCUUCUAUUUCUAUCAUGACUACAGCAAAUGUGACACCUCUGUUGCACAGUGUUAAACAGUGGCGUUUGGAAUGUUUAGGGACAACAAGCCUCAGUUCAAAUCAGACAACAGAAAUGUUGCAUACUCGAUUCAGCUCUUGGACACCUACUGAAAACAAAUCUCUUAAUGAGCAGCUCUUUCAGGAAAGAAUCAGGCUUAUAAGCCAUUGGUUUGACAUGUGGACUGACAAGCAGCGUAAGCAGUUUCUCCACCGGAUAUUAUUGAAAUGCAGCACAUCACAGUUGAAGUUUGCUGGAAAAUGGUUUAUAGAAAAUACCCCAGUGGUCAAAGUGGACUUCACUACCUUGCUGCCACGUUUCAUAUCUUUGUACAUAUUUUCGUUUCUGAGCCCUAAGGAACUAUGUGCAGCAGCUCAAGUAAACUGGCACUGGAAGUUUUUAACGGAACAGGAUUGUCUGUGGAUUCCAAAAUGCAUUCGGUUUGGAUGGUUUCUUCCCUACAGUCCUGCACAAAAUGAAUACAGUGCUUGGAAACAACAUUACAUUGCUUGUGCAACCCACUUGGGUGGCUUCACUCCCAGGGAAACUACAGAAACAUAUGAGGCUCUCAAUGGACCUGAAACAGAAAAUGAGGAGCAAAAAGAGAGAGUACAUGAAAAAUGGCUACAAAAAGUCAUUCGAGAGAGACUGGCACUACGCAAGAAGAAAUUGUUGAAAACUCGUCCACCUUGGCUAAGUGGAACACAGAGUUCCAAAUUUUUCAAACCAGGAUUUCAACCAUACUUGUCUCAAACUCUUCAUGGCCUAGUUGUAUCACCGGAAGCAUUGUUAUUAAUGAAGAAGACAGCAUCCUCAAACUAUAUGCUUUCAGAACAAGUUUCCAAAGAAGUCAAAUCUGUACCAAGCAUCAGUCUGGUAACUGAGAAGGAUGUUGUAUUAGCCUCCUUAAAAUCUUUGCCAAAAAGAAAGAAUGUUGCUGGGAGUGACUGUUAUCCGGUUUUACCUCACAAACAUCUUCUGACUGUUUCCCAAAGAUAUGCCAAUAUGGCAUAUCUUCUCCAGCCACGCUUGGUCUUAAUAUCAUCCCAAGUUCCAGCUUAUGAGAUGAUUGUGCACAGCGUUAAACCUGGAGUAAUCCCGCUAGUAUACGAACAUCAUGGCACAACAUUGGAAAACCUCUUUUAUUAUGUAGAAAAAGAAUUGGAUAGCCGAACAGCAAAGAGUAUCGGGAUUGUUAGCAAUGGAGAUUCCAGAGGGAUUGAUUUACUUCAGGGGUAUAGAAUCAGCACCAAGAACCUUCUUCAUCCUGAGGUGAGAGAGUUCUGGAAGAAGUUAGGAAGCUGUGUCACCUCGCAACAAGAAGGUGGCUAUGUAGACAUUUUUCUUCCUCUGGCAGCAUCAGAAGCAGGAAUUGAGCUCCUUUCCCAGCUGUCUCGUCUAACUGGAGUAUUCUUCAGAACUCCCACAGGGAUAGUAACUGGAUCAUAUCAGCACAUCCUCAGUGAAUGGUUGGGAAAUGAGAAAGACAACCUUCCACCUUUCCUGUACUUCACUGAAGAAAAACUGCAGAUAUGGCUGAGAUUAACAGAACUCUUAGAAGAUACACUGAAGACUGUCAGGAAACAUGUGAGACCAAGCUUGUAUGAUUUACAGAUGAAAAUGACUGACAGGAUUAUUGGUCAGAUUGUAUUUGAUGCCAUGAACUGGUCUGAAGUUCAAGACAACCAAGAAAUAGUUAAGGCUUUGAGCGAUGGAUUAAUUGAACUCUCAAGAGGACACUACGACAAUCCUUUGGAAUUUUUAUCAUGUUUCCUGUUCAAGAAAAAUAAUAAAAACAAGGAGCUCACAAGACAGGUUUUUUUGACUGAAUGCAAUCCAGAAGCAAGUGUUGGAGCAUCAAUUAAGAGUGGGAAACUUCAGGAGAACACACCAGAGAAACGAGAAAGAUUUGCCAGGGAACUCUUGAUCAGUGAGAAGAAUUAUGUCCACGUGCUGGAAACUAUAAGAGAUGUUUACACUAAGCCUCUGAAAGCAGCUUUAGCAUCAAAUCGACCCAUCCUAAGCUAUGCCAACGUUCAGAUAAUCUUCUCUGAUAUUUUGGACAUCUUACAGCUCAAUAGGUGGUUUUUGGCACAAUUAACACAAAGACUUAAGGAAUGGAGCCCAGCCUCAAACUUAGGAGACAUAUUCAUUAAAUUUGGCCAGCAGUUGCAACCAUACACAAACUUCUUCAACAAUUAUGCAGUAAUUCUGAAAACAAUUGACCAGUGCAGGGAGACAAUUCCACUAUUCCGCGCUUUCUUGAAGAGGCACGAUAAGACUGUCAUUACCGGCAUGAGGAGCCUACAGGAACUUCUGCUGUGCCUAUCUAAGAGGUUUGAAGAGUAUAUUGUACUCCUUUAUGCUUUGAGACUUCACACUCCAACAGAACACACUGACCGUGAAGAUUUGACUUCUGCAAUUAAGCAAAUACAUCAAUACAAAGGUUACAUAGAUCAGCUAAAGCAGAAUGGGGGCAGAGAUGAUCAGAUAUUAACUACACAAAGACUCAUCCAAGGAUGUCCUCAGUUAUUGAAAGCCAGCAGGUACCUAAUUAGGACACAAGAUGUAGCUCAGCUACGCUGCUGUUCUGAGAAAGUUGGUGCUCCAUUCAGGCUUUACGAACAUACCCAUGAUCUCAGCCUUUUCCUUUUCAACGAUAUAUUGGUUCUCUCUCGACGAAGCAUCUCUCACAAAUCUUUUGAAUGGAGUGUAAAAGUGACUCACCAGUUUUUAGAGGUGGUGACACUUCAUCAGCUCUUUGUUGAAGAUAUUCCAGAGUCCAAAUAUAUAAAGAAUGCUUUUCUUCUACAAGGGCCAAGGCAUCAAUGGAUUUGUUCUACAGAGGAAGCUGACAAGUUCCCAUGGCUUUCUGCAUUACAAAGAACAAUCAUCUGUAACAUUGAAGAGAAUGGAAGCAGCUUUUAAGAUUUAUAAUAGCCAGCAACAUGAUUUCAUGCCCGCUACACCUUUAGGACACAGAAAACAAGUCUAUUUCCUAUUAAUCUUUGUUCAGAUCCACUUCUGAUUAAGUAAAUGACAUGAAAAAGUUAAGUGGUGUAUCCAUAGGAACUUAACUAAGAGUAUUAAAAGCUUUGCCAGUAAAAAACUGUAACUUCCUUUUUAAAAGGAUGAUUUUUCUUUUGAAUACAGAAUAAGGAAGCAGUCUUUUAAAUACUGGACUGACACCUGGCCAGUACUAGAAAGGUGGUGCCUUAAACAGUCUUCCAAAAACAGUCACAAUGUCUACACACUUGCCGUGCUCCCAGUAAACGGGUGUUCUGUACUAUCAGACUACAAACCAAGCAAUUUCUGCAUGACUUACUCUGCAUCCUUGUCAUAUACAUGGAUGAAUACACAUUUCUCAUACAUAAUACAAACAGAACAGAGUUUUUCAGUAUCAACAGCAUUACAUGAGAUGUAUUCAUUCAUGCACUAACCAAACUUAAUUGGAUUCUUCUUGAUACAUCAAAUAAAUGGAUUACCUGGUUUUGUUCUUUUUGUAAAAUGCUACAUGUU